CCUCAGACGCGCUGAAAGCCCGAAAACGACGCGACUACAAAUUUCAGCUGGAGUACAGGACGCGAUGGUGGGCACUCCCCCUGCGUGCAAAGGCAGCCACCCCGCAGCGGCUGUUCCACCCGCUGACCAUGACCCUCAAGGAGCGACAAUGACAUGUACCAUCAUCUGAACAACAGCAUCUACUACUUCCUUUUCGACUCUGUGGUGAAUACAUAUCUCAUCAAGCAUUGCUCGCUGCACCCGCCCACAGCAUCCCAAAUCGGCCUCGUCGUGCACUCGCACUGCGACUACCUAGCCCCAAUCGAAUUCCCUGCUAUCGUGGACCUGGCCUUGAGAGUGAACAAGCUCGGAAAGAGCUCCGUCACGUAUGAAAUCGGCGUCUUCGAACGCGGACAGGAGGAGAUCAAGGCUGUGGGCGAAUUUGUCCACGUUUUCGUGGAGCGGGACAGCAGGAGACCCGGAAAGCGGGGCAUGGCCAAGGAGCUCAAGAGCGGCUUGAGUAGGAUUCAAACUGACAAGUUGAAGCUCUAAACAUAGUCCUUGAUGCUGCUGGUG